UUAUCAGCCGAACGGAAGAACCGAGGAUUUUUCAGUUGGGUUCGCCUGUUUGUUCCCGGAUAUUAAAAGUAUUUCCUACAACCACCUACCUUACUCAUCCCAAUUUGAAAUAAUCCGUCCAUUCUAUGUACUUUAUUUUUCAAAUUUUUCUAAUUUAAGGCUCAGUUUCCGCUCGUCUCUCAUAUAACGGUUCACGUGUUAAUGGAUCUAUUAAUCAUACAGAAACAAUGGAAUUAUCACUAGCUCAAGAAACAACACAAAGUUGGCCUUCUUUCGGAAUUAUUUUGGGUAAACAACAAAAUGAUUUUGGUGAGGAAGAUGAAUUAGAAGGAAAUGAAGGGACUUCUCUAAUUGUUGGGCAUAUUGAAAAAGGAUCUCCUGCUGAUAAAUGUGGAAUUUUACAACCUGGGGACAGAAUUCUCUGUAUUGAUGACUGGCACACAGCUGAUGGCACUUUAGAAGAAGCCAGUCAUUUACUAAGAAUUCUUUCUCUUUCUGGCAGUCGUUCUGUUACUCUUCUUGUUGAAUUUAAUGUUAUUGAGCCUGUCCUUCCCCCAGCACACGGCUCCUUUUUUGUUAUGAGAUUAGCUAAGUGUGGUAAAUGUCUUGGUAUUGUUUGCCAAAGUCAUCAAAAUGGAACGGCUAAAGGAGAACCUUUAAUUAUUUCACAUAUUCGAAUUGGAAGUGUUGCACAUAGAUGUGGAUCAAUCCAAGUUGGUGACCAAAUCCAUUCUAUUGAUGAUAUACCUUUGGAUACAUGUACUUUAGAUGAGGCAAUGCGUUUAUUACAAAGAUCUGCUAGAAUAGUUAAAUUAGUUAUAAUUAAAGGAGGUGGACAAGAACAACAUUUAUUAGAAUCACCCCAAUCUUUUGUAUAUACUGUUGAAUUAUUGAGAAGGGGAAGGCCUUUAGGUAUUACAAUAGCUUCUGCUGGGGGUUCUCUAGAUCCAAUAAUUAUUUCUAAAUUAGCACCUAAUGGAUUGGCAGAAAGAACAGGAGCUUUAAAUAUUGGUGAUCAAAUUAUUGCAGUUAAUGGGGAAAUUUUAGAAGGGAAAAAGGUUAGCCAAGUAACACAAAUUCUACAACAAUGCCCAGACCCAAUUUCUCUUAAAUUAAGCCGUCCAAUAGCUCCAAAUACUGAUAUUAGAUUGCCUUAUUGUCGAAAUUUUAAAAAAUUUGAAAAUACAGCAAUAUUAGAACAAGAAAAUAAUAAAAAAUUAGUUGGAAUUAAUUCAACACCAAAAAAGAGUGUGGAUAGUGCAAUGGAUACUUUAGAGGGUUCACCUACAGGAAGGCAAAUAAUUCCAAGAUAUUCUUCACUUCGUCGUCCCUCAACAUCUACAAAUACACAACAAACAACAGAUCCAAUAUUCAGUACAUAUUCUGACCCUUAUAGCAAUGGAGGAGGGAAUGGAGGUUUAGAUUCAGGUUUAAGUUCAGCAGCCGCAACAGACAGUCAACCUGGCGGUAUUCAAUCAAGUUCUCAAACAAAAUGUUGUGAAUGUCAAUUUGAAAUUGACGGAAGUGGAACACAUUCUUUUUGUUGUUCAAAUUCCCCAAAUUCUUCCUCUGAAAGAAAAGGAAGAAAAGAAGAAAAUGAUAACGAAUGGAUGAGAAUACUUGAAGCGUUGGAAGUGGUUAGUGAAGCUGAAAUGCUUAGAAAAUUGGAAGAAUGUAUUUUAAAUGGAAGUGCUUCUAACUAUGUUACUCCUUCUAAUAAUAAAUCGAAAUACGGCUUUCAACAAAUGUUUCCCUCUGAGUUAGGAAAUAUUCUCUCUCAUCAACAAUUAAUCUCGACUAACAAUAAUUAUGAUGUCGUUGAUAAUAUAAAUGUUGAUAAACAAACACAAAAAAUAUUUCCAUCUCAAGAACUUCAUAAAAAAUACGUUGUUGCUAAUCAUUCUCGGUCCGGUACUCCUACUAUGUUGAGGAGUCAACAACAAAAUGGAGAACUUCCACCAGCAAUGCCCUCUCCACGUAUUUCAACAACAGACCCUCCUCCAUUUACAAUAACACAAUCAUCAACAUUUACCUCCUCACAAAAAAGUAUUUCAACAAAUUCACUUCCUUCUUGUACAUUAAAUAAUUUAAAACAAGAAAACGAAAUAGAUGAAUUUAGUGAAGUUUUUAGUGUUCAAUUGAAAAGAUGCCCUCUUACAAAAAGUUUUGGGUUUUCUGUUUGUGAUGGACUUAUUGGAGAAGAGAAUGAGAUAAUUGAAGAAAUAAAUGAGAAAAAUACUAUACAAUUAACACCUACAGGGAUUUAUAUUCGUUCGUUAGUUAAGGAUGGACCAGCUGAGAAAUGUGGAAGGAUACAACCUAGAGAUAGAAUAUUACAGAUCAAUGGAAGGUCAAUACAAUUUUUAACCUGUGAUUUAGUUCUUCCACUUUUAACAACAGAAACUGUUGAUCUACUUUUACUAAGGAAAAAAUGA